UUCCGGCCUGCCUAUUUAAGUGUCCUCCGCUUGAAUACUCAAGACACAAGCCAGCAGUUUCUCCUCUCAUUAUCUUCUCUUCCCACAUUUCCCCCUGAACCUAUUAUUUUCUGCCAUACACUUCAUUUUUUUCUGGGAAAUCCAUCGAGCUAUAUAAUUAUUCCUAAAGAUCUUCUCUUGCUUUCUUCUAUUCAUUAAAAGUGUAUAUGGGGCCAAUUGCUCUGUGCAUCGUAGCUUUGGCUGUUAUAAGCAUCACGCAUUGGGUUUACAGAUGGAUGAAUCCCAGGUGCAGCGGACAACUUCCGCCAGGUUCCAUGGGUUUACCACUCUUAGGUGAGAGUCUUCAGUUCUUUGCCCCCAACACUUCAUUUGACAUACCUCCUUUCAUUGAAGAGAGGAUGGAAAGGUACGGUCCAAUAUUCCGAACAAGUUUGGUAGGAAGGUCAGUUAUUGUAUCAACAGACCCUGAUUUUAGUUAUUUCAUCUUCCAACAAGAGGGGCAAUUAUUCCAGAGCUGGUACCCAGAUACUUUCACGGAGAUCUUUGGACGACAAAAUGUGGGUUCCCUGCACGGGUUUAUGUACAGGUACCUCAAGAACAUGGUGCUGAAUUUAUUCGGUCCUGAGAGCCUGAAGAAAAUGCUCCCUGAGGUUGAACAAGCAGCCUCUACAAACCUAAAGAGGUGGUCGAGUCAGGAUUCAGUUGAUUUAAAGGAUGCUACUGCAAGUUUAAUAUUUGAUCUGACUGCAAAGAAGUUGAUAAGUUAUGAUCCAGAGAAGUCAUCUGAAAAUUUGAGGGAGAAUUUUGUAGCUUUCAUACAAGGAUUAAUUUCCUUUCCUCUGAACAUUCCUGGAACAGCGUACAAUAAGUGCUUACAGGGAAGAAGUAAGGCAAUGACGAUGCUGAAGAACAUGUUACAGGAAAGACGGACAAAGCCUAGGGAGCAGGCAGAUGAUUUCUUUGAUUAUGUCCUUGAAGAACUCAAGAAAGAGGACACAAUUGUCACAGAGGAAAUCGCACUGGAUCUAAUGUUUGUGCUACUAUUUGCCAGCUUCGAGACAACCUCGUUGGCUCUAACUAUGGCCGCCAAAUUUCUUCUGGACCAUCCUCUUGUACUCAAGGAAUUAACAGAAGAACACGAAGCAAUUCUAAGAAGACGGGAAAAUCCAAAUUCUGGACUUACAUGGAAAGAAUAUAAAUCAAUGAAGUUCACGUUCCAGUUCAUCAAUGAAACAGUGCGGCUGGCAAAUAUAGUUCCGGCAAUCUUCAGAAAAGCAUUAAGAGAAAUCAAUUUUAAAGGCUACACUAUUCCAGCUGGUUGGGCGGUCAUGGUCUGUCCUCCAGCUGUACACUUGAACCCUGCCAAGUACAAAGAUCCCCUGCACUUCAAUCCAUGGAGAUGGGAAGGAAUGGAAUUGCAUGGUGCAUCAAAAAAUUUCAUGGCUUUUGGGGGUGGAAUGAGGUUUUGUGUUGGAACAGACUUCACCAAAGUGCAGAUGGCUGUCUUUCUCCACUGCUUGGUUACAAAAUACAGAUGGCGAGCAAUCAAAGGAGGAAACAUUGUCCGAACUCCUGGUCUGCAGUUUCCUAAUGGUUUUCAUGUUCAGUUGUCCGAGAGAAAUGGACCAAAAUAAAGAGCCAACAGAAACCUCCAGUUGAUGCAAAGGCAAGUCAUUUUUUUUCCGGCUAGAGGGACAAUGCCAAGAGACUCCAACUUAGCACCUUAGUCAACAGAAUUGCUACUCUGAAGUAGUUAAAGAGAUGACUGGCAAGAGUACAUCCAAAGUGGAGGGAAGGGAGGAAGCAUUCACCGUGGCCUCUCCUGAAUGAGCUGAAAAUAUUUUUGCGGAGCACCGCAUAAAAAGUAUUUAAUCUUGCUUUUGUGUUCACUAUAUACUAACACUAGUAUUGUAAGAAUAUGAAAACCUGAGGGAACAGAAAGCAAUCUCCAAGCUCCCCAUACGUUAGUAUUCAUCUAUACAGGAAGUACCUGUAGCAAAUACUGUAUAUGUUUUUGCAUCAUCUUUU